ACAAAAUUAAAAUGACUGAAUUUUAGAUCACGUUAGCUAAAUAAAUCACAUACAGGCAGUUCAAUUAACGUGUUACGAGAUUUUGACACCGUGUAUUCUAAUAUGGCCGACAUGGGGAAUCUAUGGGAAGAUUAUAGAAAACAGGCCAGACAGCUUGAAAAUGAGAUUGAUCUCAAACUUAUAUCGUUUAGCAAACUUGGCACAAAUUAUUCCUUCUCGGAUAAUUUCAGUGACAAGUCACCUUUACUUAACAAAGGUGGAAGCGAGCAUAUGUUUGAAACUAUGGAGAUGGAGAUAGAACAACUUCUGUCAAAGCUAACGGAGGUAAAUGAUCGUAUGGCAGAAUUCACACAGAACAUCAGUCAGGCAUCACCAAGUGCUGCACUAUUACAUACACUACAACGUCAUAGAGAUAUAUUACAGGAUUACAGCCAGGAGUUUCAGAAAACAAAGUCAAACAUUAAUGCUAUUAGAGAACGUGAAGAUUUACUCGGCUCUGUCAGGAGAGAUAUUAAUGCUUACAAAAAUUCAUCUGGUUUAAACAGGAGAACAGAUCUGUAUCUUAAAGAAAAUGAACAUAUCAGAAAUUCAGAAAGACUUGUAGAUGACCAAAUAAGUGUUGCUAUAGCAACAAAGGAGAGUUUAGAAUCACAGAAGAAGUCGUUGUCUGGUAUAACACAGAAAAUGAACAACUUAGCUAAUCGUUUUCCACUGAUAAACAGCCUUAUGCAGCGUAUCAACAUACGUAAACGUCGUGACUCUAUAAUUUUAGCCAGUGUGAUAGCAACGUGUAUUAUUGUGCUCUUAUUGUACAUGUUUCAUUGAUCGUGUAUCUUACAUUGAGGGACGCUCUCAUUCCAAUUCUAUGUAUACUUGUGAUUGUGUGUGUAAACAUAUGUUUGCAUAUAUAUAUGCAUGUGUAUAUAAACGUGUGAUGUUUAAUCUGUAGGUUUUAUUGUAUAUGCAAGCAUAUGUUUGUGUAGAUGUAACUGUGAUUGUAAUUUAGGUUUUAUUGAAUAAAGAAACAUACAUGUAUUUCGGUGUGUAAGUAAACAUUUGUUUGUGUACAUGAAAUAUGUGAACAUGUGUGUUUGUAUAGUUAUGUAAACAUUUGUUUGAGUUUACAAGAACAUAUGUUCGUGUAAAUGUAAAUACAUGUAUGUGAUUCAAAAUAAACCUGAAAUAAUUGAUAAUAUAAUGUUAAGUUUGGUAUAUGAAAAAUUGAAAGCUCAACUAAACCUAAUUCUUUGUAUCCUGGACAAAAGUGUACUACCAUUCAAUAAUAUAUUUUUUCUUAAAAUUAUUUUUUUAUCAUAAGUUAUUUUACCAAAAUAUUUAACAUUAACUUGGAUUUGCUGAUGAUCAAAAAGCUAGUUUUGUAUUUAUAGGUAAUUUAAAUUCUUUAUGUGAUGAAAACAGAAAAGGACUACAGUAUUAACACCAAAUUUUGUGGAGCACAUAAUUAUAAGUUUCUGUUUUUGGCUAAGUGUAUGUAAAUGAGAAAUUUAGAGUUUUUGUAGCUGCUGAAACAGUUCUCAUUUGUCAUAUUGGACUGUACCUACAAAUGAAGCUGUAAUGAAAGAAUUAAUCUCAGUCUAUACGGAUGGCUGCUUGAUUUGAAUAUCAAACAUAUCUGUGAAAUUACUUAGUUUUAAAAUCCCCUUGUAGAAAUUCAACAGGACAAAGUUUAACUUAAAAGUUAAGAUAUUGGUGUGCUAAAGCCUUAUAUAGAUUUUGUUCAUGCUACUUAUUAAUCACAGUUCAUAUGGUUCUUUUCUGGCAGUGAGGGUAAAUAGACCAAAAACACAUGCAUUAAAUCACAUAGUGUGAUCCAUGACAAAACAAAAAAUGGCAUGAAAGUGUAUGUGAUAUUAAUGUGACUACAAUGAGGUUUUUCAGUAUGACUGGAAUCAUUUUUAUUUGAUGUAAGUCUAGGCCAAUAACUACAAUGUAGUGUGUAAAAUUUUAGAUCAUUGGCUCGAUCUGUUUUUCCAGUAUACUCAUUUUGUUAAAUAUGGCCCAAAUAUGAAAGGAGUUUAAAUACUUUUAACUCAAAUUGGGCUAAGAAUUGAUCAAAUGUAUUAAAUUAAUUCAGAGAAUAUCUUUUAUCUGUUGCAUAUAUUUAUGUUUUAAGUGGCCAAGUUGAUAUAUGUAAGAAAUUCAAAUUUUAUGUAUUUCGGCUUUUGGACUUCAGUGGAGUUCCUUUAAACAUUCAAGUUUAUUUUUGAAAAUACAUACAUUGGAGUAAUUGAAGAAAGAAAAAAUUGUGUAAGGUACUUGUGCUGUUGAGAUUGUUUCCUUUAUUUGCUUUUUUAGGAUAUUUUUUUGUUUAUGGGAGAAAUCAUGGGUAGCUUUCUCUGGAGAGAUAAGUAGGAUUAUUCUCUGGGCCUUGUUGGAUAUAUUGUGAUAUUAUGAUUUGCUUUAUUUUUGUUCAACAUUUUUUUAUGUAUGUAUAAAAUUAAUUAAUUUUCUCUUUUAGAAAUAUCUGACAGUGAUAUUUUUCCUAUAUUUUACAGCUGAAUAAAGGCUGUUUCCCCUAACUCAUAAUAGCUAUAUUUUCCCCUAAAAUGCCUUGUGCAUAUUCUUCACUAAAGCCAUGACUUAACAGCAGCUGAUACAUUUAAUUGACUGAAAGACGGAAAGCUGUACCUAUAGACAGUCUCUGCUAUGUACCAUGCAUAUUAAAUUGAAUUUGAAAAUUUAAUUAAAUGUGCAGGUAAAUUCUAUCUCAGAGUUGUUAGAAUUUUCUGAUUUAUUGUGCUACAUUCUACACUCCAGAAAGCCACUAGUUGUUCUGAAAAUUGAAAAAAAAUCACUGUAUAUGUAACUAUAUAAUGUCACUCUCAGUUUACUAUCAUUAUAAUUGAGGCUCAUGAUUAUCUAUAAUUUAAACAGAGAGAGGAGGAAAAAUCUUUAACCAUGUAGAAAUAUCUAAGAGACCAACUGAUAAAUGUUAUUUUUACGUAAGACAUUUUUUUCCAUGUAUAAAAAAAUAUUAAUUUCUUUCAGAUGUAGGGAGAUAAUUCACUUCUUGUCAGGGUCUUUCAAAUAGAACCUGUUUCAGACUACAAAAAAAUCAUAUUAAACCUUACCACCCUAAAUAUCUUAAAUGGACUUGUCCAUCUUUCAAACAUGGACAAGUCCAUUCAUCAUUUUAGGGAACAUAACACAAUACAUACUGACUGAGCAGCCAACAGUGCAGACCAUGAUCAGAUUGCUAACCUUGGUCUGCACUGGUGGCAUGGGUAGAUUUUGUUACUGUAGCAGGCUAAGGAUUAAUAAAAUUAUCCAGUCAGAUCUGGGGCUCAUAUUUUAACUUACUUUGUGCUUUGAUUUUAUUGUGCUAUAGUUUUAAUGUGAUAAGGCUAUUUUUAUAAUAUAAAAAAUAUUAAGAUUCACUAUAUUACUGCCUGAUGCUUUUUUUUUCACGAAAACUACAAUUAUUUGUUUUUAAGAAAAUAGAUAUGAGAAAUUCCUUAACAACAAUUGAAAUAUAUAAGUGUCUAUAAUGUUCAGGGGAGGUAACAAUAUACAACAUCCUGUAAAAAAGGGAGCUUACUCUAGUACCACCCUCAGCCUGAUAUUAUGAAUCAAUGAGAUACUGAGGUGUUUAUUAAUUUUAUUUUUUUUCAUCAUAAGAACACAUUGAUUCAAAAGAGUCUCUUUAAGUGACAUAGUGUUAUUAGCUGGUUUAACAAUUGUUUAUAUAUAUUUGUGAUAUAAAUUUGUAAAAUAAGACUAUAAUUAUAUAAACAUGUAAAUCAUGUAAAUCAUUAUAUAUAUUGUUGAAAAAAAAUAAUUUAUUGCUGUACACAGUCGUAUCAAAAAAGUUACUUUGUAUAUAUGUAAAUAAGUCAUAUAUGAUUAUUAUAAUACAUUUUUUAACUAUCUUAACCCUUAAUCUGUUGAAACAAAAAGUAAGUAACCUUUUGCCACCAGUAUAGAGCCAGACAGCCUGCACUUUUGUGCAGUCCGACUAGGCUCUAUAAUGUUGGUGGCUGACUUCUUGUAUUUUGAUAUUGAAAUCCCCGGAAUUUUUUAAUGGACUGUUCCAAAUUCAAAGCAGGAAAGAUCCAUUACACAAACUUAGCAAGUUAAGUGUUAAGGUAUGUAAAUGUUUUUGAAAUUUAUAAAACCAUAAAACUUUAUGUAACUAUUACCCCCUUUCCCUGCUUGAAUGCAAGUUUGUUAUGGUCAUUUUAGUUUAUUGCAAAUCUGCUUUCCAAACAGCAUGUACAAAAUUAUAUAUGGUUAAGGUUGAUGGCAUGUCAUAGGUAAGUGGGUCAAAUAAAUUUAAGUCUAAAAUAAAAUUAAUUUCCAGACAUGAAACUGUGACUUAAUUUAGACUGAACCUACAUUUAACAUCAUAGAGUAAUUACCUUUGUACACUAGAUUUAUAUUUCUAUUUAUUUUUGUUAUAGGACUAGAAGCUGCCACACUCGCCGUGUGUAGGAGGAAAUGUAUAGUAAUGGUACUAUAAUAAUAUUUUUUCCUGCAUCAAAAAUAACCAAGGGUUAAUGCAUACCUUUUUUGUGCAUUAACAUCUGCAGAAGCAUGAAGCCACAGCCCACAGGACAAGGGACUUUAUAAGUCAGAGAAUUUCUGCAGAUUUUAUUGCAUGAGAAAAGGUGAAUUAAUGCUAUUCUUGCAUAGAAUUACAUAUCUAAUUCAAUAAUUCAGUUCUACGUUAUCUGGUGUUUUUUUUAAAUCAGGCAUUUAUUUUGUCAUGCUUUCCAUGAGCUAGUGUGAUGUCAAUUGACAGUGCUGUUUCGAUAAUGAAACUACGAGGGCAUGCAUUGCAGUAAGAUAUUUUUAUAUGGCGCCCGAGUCAUAAAUAUUAUAAAAAACUUGCUUCGAUUAUUAUACCCGCAAUGCAUGUUUUCUUCUAUGUUAAUUUAAAUCUUUGUGCACAAAUUUUAUGCAAGAAUAUUUGAUCAAACUGCAUGAUGCCACCAGUGUAGACUUUGUACAUUUAAUUUACUGAAACAGUUUGCCAAAUGUAAUUAUAAACUUUCUUUUUUGUUGACAAUGUUAUUACGGUAUAUUUGCUCACAAGGAUUUUCCAAUCAGCCCUGUAGACAGAUUCCCCACAUAUAUACCUGGAUAGUUGCAUUGUUGUGUAUCACUUACAUCACCUUGUUAUUUAUUCAAGCUUAAACAUUUCAGUUUAAAAAUAAAAAAUUCAACAUUAAAGUUUAGACAUAAAAAUUUAAUAUUAUUACAUUUUACUCAUACAAGCAUAAUUCAAAGACAUGCAUGAAUCAAUAUUAUGUAUUAUCAAUUUUGCUGAUGUUUUUUUUUGUGUACAUGUAUAUUUAUUGUAAAUACUUUAGUUUAUACAUUAUAUAUAUAAUUUCUAUGUAUGAAGGGAAAUAUAGGGGAACACAUUUUUGCACAUCAUGGAAUUACUCAUCUUAGUGGAUGACAUGCUCAUUUUUUUUUUCAAUAAAAGCUGUAAGAUUUGAAAAAAAUAAAGAUGAUAAAA